AGUGCACGUGACCUGCCACGUGGGCCAAACGGCGCAGCUGUGGCUGCGGCGCAGCUGGGGCGCUGAGGGUGGGAGAGGCUCUAGCGCUGCGAUUUCUGAGCUCGGCAGGCCGCUGGUGGUCUAGUGGUCCGGUUGGCGCAUCCCGCCCGCCUCCUGCCGUUUCCCUCCCUGCUGCAGGCUGCCAGGCUCAGGCUUCGAGUGCCCCUCGGGCCCUGGGUUCCGGUACAGGGAUCUCAGCAGUCACCAUCAGCCCAGAGCCGCAGAUUCCAGGUCUGCUGCCCUGACCCUGUGGAGCCUGCAAUGGAUACAUCCGGGGACCUAUUCCCCAGCAACUGGAGCCCACCGCCUGUCGAUUUCCUUAGUCCCUGGCCUCUGCAGGCCCGAGAGACGACACUGGCCAAGGGGUUGGAGCCACAGCCCACGGAUGUGGACCCAAAGGAGGGCCUGGCUUCCCUGGAGGAGCCAAGUUGCAGCAGGGCCAGCCCAAGCCAGCUGGUGGCCAUCCCAGAGCCCAGCACAAACACCUCGUGCAGCCCCAGGGGCUCCAAGAACUACAUCAACUCCUUAGAUUCCUUACUGCAGGAGAAGAGGGAACAGGCCCCAGAGCAGGAGCUAGAGAGGCUGCUGCUGCAGGACUCCCACGAUCUCCGAUGCUUGGAAGACAGUGAGGAUGAAGACACACUACUCACGCCCGAGCACAGGCUGCUGGUGGAGAAGUUCACUGUGUCGCUGCAGGACAUCCCACAGGUGCACCCCGGUGAGACUGUGUUCCUGCCCCGGCGCCGCCCGCUGCCCUGCUUCCUGGAUGCCUCUCAGUUGAAGCCACACAGCACCCUGGAAGAGCUGUUCCUCAACGCCCCACCAUCACAGCAGCUGUCCUUCCUGCGCAGUGGCCUCCUGAGCAACCUCUACCUCCACUCCCCUGUCCCCUGUCCGGUGCCUGUGCUGCAGUGGCUGCUCAAGCUGCUAACGUGGCCUCCAGACACAUCUUCAAGGGCCUUUGCUCUCCUGUGGGAUCUCAGCCUCGAUGAGCUCUUCCGCCAGCCUGGGUCCCAAAGCUCCAGCGAGCUUCCACAGAUCCUUGCUUGCUUCCAUUCUGAAGGUGACACGCACAGCUGUGAAGGACUUGGACCCCAGGAUGGUCAGGCUUCCCUGCUGCCCCCCACCAGCCCUGCAGAAGAGGAUAUGCAACCCUGGUACCCCUUGCCACAGGAGGUGACCGAGCUGUUCCAGAGCCUGGGUGCCCACAGCCCUGCCGUAUGCCCACUGGGUCCCUGCAGCAGAAUGGCAGACCAGGAGGACCGGGAGCAGCAGGACCUGCCCCAGGAGGUGGCCCUGGACAUAAGCCUGAACUACAUCUACAAGUUCCUGACGCUGUGUGUCUAUACCCGGCCUGGGAUCUACACCGAUAUCAGCCUCCUGGACCUCAUUGAGCUUCUGUGUCGCACCAGCCUAGAUGUGGGGCUCCGCCUGUUACCCAAAACUGACCUCCAGCAACUUCUGCUGCAGCUGCUGGAGUGUAUCCGGGAGUGGCCCGGCAAGCUGCAGCACCUGUGCCACACCCUCAGCUGGGUGUCCGACCACCACCACAACCUGCUGGCCGUUGUGCAGCUCUUCCUGGACGUGACCACCAGGGCCAGGCAGCUUCGAAGCCAGCUCAGCCUUACAGUCAUUGCCCGGAUGUUGGGCCAGGAAGAGGCACUUCCUCUUUGGAAAGAGAAGAGGCAGCUGUCUUUGCUCAGCUGGCUUCUGGGCCUCAUGAGACUGUCCGCCCUCAGGGAGCACCUGAGCUUGGAGCACGGGCCCCCCUGCACUGAGCAGCAGCCCAAGGCCAGUGCGAAGCUGGACCACAAGGUCUGCUGCCUGUGCUACAGCCUCCUGACCCUGGCCGGUGUGGUGGUCAGCAGCCAGGACGUCACUCCGGAGCACUGGGGUGAGCUGCAGCUGCUGUGCAUGCAGCUGGACUGCCACAUCAGCACCCACAUCCGGGAGAGCCCCCAGGCCAUGCACCGCACCCGACUCAAGGACCUAGCCACCCAGACCUACAUCCGCUGGCAGGAGCUUCUGGCCCACUGCCAGCCCAAGGCCCAGUAUUUCAGCCCCUGGAAGGACAUCUGAGUGGGAGGUGGCCUGGGCUCCCAACUCCAGCCGGAAGUGAUCAGGCUCAGGAAGCUGCAGCAGGCAGCUAGGGAGGCCAGGGGACACCCAGAUGUGACCAGCCUGAGGAAGCAAAGAAGCUUGGACCUCUCUGUGCCAUUGUUCCACCCCUACCCAGCAGGGGUUCUUGGGGCCCUGCCUGCCCUUCCUGUGGCUCCUCUCCCUCAAGGCCUCUGUCUCCAUGGCUCUGGUUCCUGGGGCCUCCAGGGCCCUCCCAGCCAGCCACAGUUCUCCCCACCCCCUCUUCUCUCCCGUCACAAAUGUGAGGUUCCUUUGUGCAAAUUAAAGUCUUACUUCAGCCUCA